AUGAGGCUGAACCCAGCAAAGUGCGCCUUCAGUGUAUCUUCCGGUAAAUUUCUCGGAUUCAUGAUCAGCCAAAGGGGUAUCGAGGCUAAUCCCGAGAAAAUGAAAGCCAUAAUUGACAUGGAGACGCCGAAGACGCCGAAGACGCUUCAGCUCCAAGGCUACCGACAAGUGUGUGCAGUUCUUCAAAGCUUUGAAAGGGGGCAAACAUCAUAUCGCAUGGACUCCCGAAUGCAACCAGGCAUUUCAAAACUUGAAGAACUACAUGAGCCAGGCACCGUUAUUAUCAAAACCACUCCCAGGAGAAGUCCUCCUCCUAUACCUCUCGGUAUCCAAUACUGCCGUCAGCUCAGUAUUGAUACGGAAGCUAGAGAAGGCAGAGCGACCGAUUUUCUAUGUCAGCAAGGCUCUCCAGAGCGCGGAGCUUCGGUACCCACCCUUAGAGCAGCUAGCACUGGCCCUGGUCGUCUCGGCGCGAAGGCUUCGCCCAUACUUCCAGGCGCACGAGAUUACUGUCCUGACAAACCAGCCCCUUCGGCAAGUACUCCAAAAGCCAGAAACGUCGGGCCGAUUGGUCAAAUGGGCAAUCGAGUUGGGAGAAUUUGA